AUGCAUCGGGGCGACCCUGUGCAUGACUGUGCCGUCGCACCCAGUCCCAUUGUUCCGACUUAUCGCCGUGAUCGACCUCACCUCUCGUCCAAGCUCAGGCGCUACAGUCUGUCUGUCAUGACGGGACAGCCUGACGCGACAAGGCCUCGAGGUGCUAGUAAUCCGCGGCCACAAGCCCGCUCAGCAGGGAUGGCCGAACGACCAUCCAGGAAUGAAAGCCUGGUCGAUCUCGUCCGAUUCUUCCAGACUCAGAGUACGACUCCCGCAGACUCGGCUUCUGCCCCGACAUCUUCGCUGCCCGGCACCGAGUCCAAGGACAUGAAGCCCCUACAUCGCCGCCUGCUCCAGUUUACGCAGCGCCAAAAGAAAGAUGGCCCAUCCAAGUCCAAGGUGACCGACCAGCAGAAGCAGAUCGAGGCGCUUCAACGGGAAGGAUAUCUGCUCACGACCCCGAUGCACAAAUCCAAGGGAAGUCUGGAUCGGUCCCUGUCCCAAUCAAAGCGGCAGGACGUCGAAAACAUUGGACAGCCUUGGCUGAACGGGGCGAGGACGAGCCCCGACGAGAGAAAGCGUCGCCUAGCCUCCCUGGAUCUCAGUGAUUUUGGCUCCAUGGUCGAUGUCGCCGUUUCUCUGUCUGGUGCCUUUGAUGAUGAUUCUGUGCCGCCUCCCUACCAACCCCCUGCGCACGAUUCGUCUCCCUCAUCAUCUAUGAUACCAAUACCAGGCUCGACUACCAAUUCAAGCCCUAUCCGAGGAAUCUCUCCAACAGGAGCCACGGACACCCAGCAGAGCAGGUUGUCGGAAGACCAAGGGCCACGGCCUGCUAGUUCCGAGACCUCAAGUGUUCGCCUCAUCUGUCGAGAGCCAGCCUUUGGCUCUUCCACUAGCUUGCCAGUGACCCACGCAGAGCGAACCGAGAACACGCAGAAGAAUGACCAGAUAUCCAACAAGCCUGAAAGUCCCAGGAAGUCCAGCGAAACGUCUGAUCUAUCAUCCACUGCUUCUCAGACCACUUCUGCGUCUGCGCAACAUACGUUGAAGCUCUUCCCCAGUGUCGCUCCGCCGCGUAUAUCCAGCAAGAAUGCCAGGCGCAUCUCGUUGAAUCCCCAGUAUACGACAUUCAGUGUUCACCCGCUGGCGGCACCUUCACAGGCGACAUCAUCUGAGAAUGCUGUUGGCCUUCCCGAAACGUCGAAUCCAUCGGCGGCGCCUCUAACAAGUGCACAAUCGGAUGACGGACCAGCAAAGCCUUCCAGCACCGAACCAACUGCCGAAGUAUCCGCCAAUCCCACCAAGCCGCAGGAAGCUAAAACAGAUGCUCAAAGCAAAGCAGCACCACAAUCAACGUCCAUGGGCAGUACGUUGAGCGCCUUCCCUCUCCCAGCACCAACCAAGCCUCUACCGUCACUACCGGCGACCCCGCGGUCACCAAGUGCUCGCCCAGAUGCCCCUGCUCAGUCCACCCUCCGAAUGGUCCGCUCAGGGCCAAUGGCCUUGGGGAUUCACUCUCUGCCCGAAGAACAAGACGGCAAGUUUGCCACUGCCAGUCUUCGUGACACUCGUCCUGCAACUGCUCUGGGCCACAAUGACCUCCGAGAGGAGGAUGAGGAGGAAGCUCCGCGACCAAACUCGAGUUACUCCCGAUCUAUAACUCCUACGCAGUUCACUCCGAGGCGGCGCCACCAGCGCAUGCACAUGUCUCCCAUGCAGGAAGUUCCCGAAAGCCCUUCGCGAAAGCGCGGUGAAGACAACACUAAGGAUACUCCGUUGGCUGAUUCUCCUGUGUUGGGACACACUAGCCCUGUCAACCCUCCUAGGAAACGUGCCGUGCAAAAGCAUGGACUGGCCAUCAACCCUCGUAUAGACAGAAAGAAUCUUCCUUUCGGUCUUCCCUCGCCUCCUCCUACUGCCGGCCUUCCUCAGGAACCUACCUCCCAGCGAGUCAACGCACAACCAGCCCGCAACUAUAUAACAUCGUCUGGAUCAGCACGUGCAAUGGAAAUUCCCUUCGCCCCUGGGCCCCAUCGAAUCGCUCGCAGCAACAGUUCAGGAAGUAGUCUUCGCCAUGAAAGCAUCCCGGAAGCAUACCAACCUAAUCACUCCGAGUCACCCCUUCCAUCUUCUGACGAUGAAGGCUUUGGGCCUGGGACAGAUAAGCCCCGUUCACGUCGCACCGUCGACAAACGCCAACACACCAAAACAACACGCCGAGUCCAUGACACCCGUGAUGCACGGCAGGUGUCUGCUCCGAGCCGGUCUCGCCACCAACACCACCCACAUCGUCCAAAGCGGUCCUUGACCCCUCCGGGUCGUAACACUCACAGUCUUGAUAAGGCUGCUUCUUCCCCACAGUCUCAGUACUCCCAGUCCACCUACCGCUCGCGCGACUCUCCAAGCAGCUACCGCGCGCCUGCAUCUACCCAAUCCUCGCAUUUCUUGGAGGACCGAGUUGCGAACCUCGAGCGGCAGAAUAAAAUCCUCCAGGCUGCUUUGAUGGCCGCCCUUGACGUCAGCGUCAAGAAUAACCUGGAAGAUUUCCAAACGGAUCCCAUGUUGACGCCCGCCUUUCCGCCCGCUGCGCUGGGAAACCCUUAUCUGCCUCGAUUUACUCCGCGCCCGGAGAGCUGGGUCAGCUCUUCUCGCAGUAGCGACUAUAGUGGAUUUGAGACACCCAGUUCGUCGUUCCGGGAUGGUCGCGCGAAUGUGAAGCAACUCGACCACAAGGUCGAGGAUCUCGAGUCUGGAUGGACAUCUGACAAGUCCAGUCUGGGCGGACCUCGAGAAGCCCAAACGGCUCAGGCUUCUUAG